CAAUUUCAAGGUUUUUUUAUAAGUUGGUAUUUUAAGUAGGGUCUUAAAUUAGAUUUUGUUUGUUAAUUUUUAUUUCAAUUAGAGGUUAGGUUUUAUGGUGGUUGGAGGAUAUAAGAAGGACUUAACUUUAAAGUUAGGCUUAAUGUUUUGACAAAUCUGUCAAAGGUUUUUCUUAGUAUAAUUGAUUAAUUAUCUGAAACUUUGUCUUUUUUUGUUUGGGGUGUUUGGUUUAUUCACGCUUCAUUGUUGUUUAAACAAAUCAGAGUUGUUUUUACUUUACUUUUGUCUGAUCUUUUCUUUUAGAGAGAAACAAAAAUGGGAUUGGGACAAAAAGUGAAAUCUAACGUCUUUUUGUAUGUAAACUAUGUGUUUGGUUGUUGCAUAGGUGCGAGUCCGAAGUAUAUGAGUUCAGAGGCUAAUGAUUCACAAAGUAUGGGAAGCAAAGGCUCUUCUGUGUCUAUCAGAACAAACCCAAGAACAGAAGGAGAGAUCUUGCAAUCUCCAAACCUCAAAAGUUUCACUUUUGCUGAGCUCAAAGCAGCUACUAGGAAUUUCAGACCAGAUAGUGUUCUUGGUGAAGGUGGAUUUGGUUCUGUCUUUAAAGGAUGGAUCGAUGAGCAGACUCUCACUGCUUCUAAACCAGGGACCGGUGUGGUUAUUGCUGUCAAAAAGCUUAACCAAGAUGGUUGGCAAGGUCACCAAGAAUGGCUGGCGGAAGUGAAUUACUUGGGGCAGUUUUCGCAUCCUAAUCUUGUGAAACUGAUUGGUUAUUCCUUAGAGGAUGAGCAUCGUCUUCUUGUUUACGAGUUCAUGCCUCGUGGAAGCUUAGAGAAUCAUCUAUUCAGAAGAGGUUCUUACUUCCAACCUUUAUCUUGGACUCUCCGGUUGAAAGUUGCUCUUGGUGCUGCGAAAGGCCUUGCUUUUCUUCACAACGCCGAGACUAGUGUCAUAUACCGCGAUUUCAAAACUUCGAAUAUACUUCUUGAUUCGGAUUACAAUGCCAAGCUUUCUGAUUUCGGAUUGGCUAAAGAUGGACCUACUGGAGAUAAAAGCCAUGUCUCUACGCGAAUCAUGGGUACUUACGGAUACGCGGCUCCUGAAUACCUUGCGACUGGUCAUUUAACAACCAAAAGUGAUGUCUAUAGCUACGGUGUCGUGCUUUUGGAGGUGUUGUCUGGACGGAGAGUUGUAGACAAGAACCGUCCACCAGGAGAGCAAAAGCUGGUGGAAUGGGCAAAACCGUUACUUGCAAACAAAAGGAAGUUAUUCCGAGUUAUCGACAACCGUUUACAAGAUCAAUACUCAAUGGAAGAAGCAUGUAAAGUAGCUACUCUGGUGCUCAGAUGCCUCACAUACGAGAUAAAGCUGAGGCCAAACAUGAACGAGGUUGUUGCUCACCUUGAACACAUCCAAACUUUGAAUGAAGCAGGAGGAAGAAACGUCGAUAAGGUCGAAAGACGAAUGCGUAGGAGAAGCGAUAGUGUUGCUAUCAACCAAAAACCAAAUGCAGGUUUUGCUCGGCAAACCGCGGUCGGUGUCAUAGCUACUGCUUAUCCACGCCCAUCCAAUUCGCCUCUGUUUGUCUGAGUAAGAAAUGAUGAUGUUCUGCUUAGUUCAGAUGUACAGUUUUGCGUCUGCUUAUGUACCGAAAGGAUUCAGUUCAUUGCUCGUUUACACUACGCGAGAUUUGACAAUUGAUCUUUGUAGUGCGAGAUUUGACUUGACAUAAAAAUGAUCUCUCUUGUCUUCAA